AUGCUGGUGAUCCGCAUCUCUUGCAAGCCUCACUGUGUAAAAGAGCCACUGUCUGUUGUAGUGGAUGGAGAGGAUCCAGACAGCGAUGACAAUGAAGAAACAUUUAUCUUGACCCCUGUGACAGACACACCCCUAGGAGCCCAGACCCCACUGGAUGGUACUCUGUCAGUCAAUGUGUUCACCUCAGCAGAAGAGCUGGAGAGAGCCCAGAGGUUAGAAGAGAGGGAGAGGAUAAUCCGAGAAAUAUGGCGGAAUGGACAACCUGAUAUUCUGGGCACAGGAACGGGCACCAUUGGACGCGUACAUUACUAUUAA